CGUCGAAUCUUGAAUCUUUCUUAUAUGUCCAUAUAAAACACAUGACUCUGGCUGUUCCUUGUCAUGUUUAUCCUGGCAAUGUUUGAGAAAGAGAGAUAAACAGGGAAAUAGAUUUGUAAAAAAAAUGGAUUUGAGUCUGGUUUAUGUUCCGAAAACUAUAUCUGAGUUUUUACAACGAGUUUCCAAGAUCAAAGAUGGGUUUCAGAGAUUAUCGAUGAUUAGUGAUUAUAUCCAACGAUUGGAAGAUGAGAUGAAGAAAAUUGAUGCCUUUAAGCGUGAACUUCCCCUUUGCAUGCUUCUUCUCAAAUAUGGGAUUCAAAGAUUAAAGGAGGAACAACUACAGUGUAGGGAAAUGAACGAUGGAUCAGUGUUGCCGUUGAAGGGAAGUACUGAGGAAAAUGGAAAGGAAACUGUGGAGAACGAUGGCUGUGAUAUGAAGAACUGGAUGAGUUCGGUUCAACUAUGGAACUCUGAUUUCAACAACGUUGAUCACAAAAAGAAACCAAACGCAGUUCCAGAGCUGAAACUGAGAAGCGAAGAACAAGGAGAAGAAGAUCUGUCUAAGAAUCCAAUUGAACUUUGUAAUAAGAAAAGCAAGGGAGAGGCUUUUGUGCCAUUUAAGGAAUAUGUUGAUAAGAAAAUUUCAGGACUUUACCUUAUGACCCCAAGUUCUGAAUUAGCUUCCUCUAUCUUGAACAAUGGCGGUUCUCAAAUUGGUUCAGGCUCUUCUUUAUAUACACAACAAAACCAAAUCAAGUUUCAGACGAAGUCACAUAACCGACACGAGGAACAACAACAUCUGCAGCAGAAUUCUAGGAAACAAAGGCGGUGUUGGUCGCCUGAGCUUCAUCGACGAUUUGUCGAGGCACUUCAAAAGCUUGGAGGCUCACAAGUGGCCACUCCUAAGCAAAUUAGAGAAUUGAUGCAAGUUGAAGGUCUCACCAAUGAUGAAGUGAAAAGCCAUUUGCAGAAAUAUAGACUUCAUAUUCGAAAACUUCCGGCUUCUCCAUCCGGGCAAGGAAACAAGUUAUGUUCAGCUCAAAACCAGUCUAAUGAGCACAGUAAAGCAAGCAUUUCACUGUCUGAUUCCCCGCAUGGUCCCCUCCUUUCAAGUGGUUCCGCUAAAGACAUGUCAAGCACCGGAGGGGACAGCAUGGACACCGGAGAUGAAAAAUCCGAUGGACAUAGUUGGAGAAGUGAGGUUCAAAAGUCCGGAGAGAUCAGUGUAUAAUUAGCCAGAUAACUUGUAUUCCUCAUGAAUUUUUCAGAAACAUGGGGG